AUGGCUCCGUCUAAGAAGAACUUCCAUGUUGCCAUUGUAGGUGGUGGUAUUGCCGGUGUGACGCUCGCCGUCGCCCUUCACGAGCGCAAUAUCCCAGUGACAAUCUACGAGCAAGCAGCUGCCUUCAGUGAGGUGGGCGCCGGUGUGUCCUUCGGACCUAAUGCCGUCGCAGCAAUGAAGGUUUGUCACGACGGCAUCCACAAGGCGUUCGAGAAGGUUUGCACGCGGAAUAUGUGGCCGUCGAAGCAGAAGGUCUGGUUCGACUAUCUUGAUGGAUAUAGCAAAGGCACCUCGGCCACGGCACAGAAUCUUGGCGGCCAGGACAUUGCCUUCUCCAUUUUGAACAGCACUGGUCAAACCGGAGUCCACCGCGCACAUUUUCUCGACGAACUCAUCCGGUUGGUUCCUAGUGAGAUUGCGCGUUUCAACAAGCGACUGAAUGACAUCACCGAGCGCGAUGAUGGAAAGUUCAUUUUGAAAUUCGCGGAUGGCAGCGAAGACAUCACCGACUUGGUUAUUGGUUGUGAUGGAAUCAAGUCCCGCGUUCGACAGCUUAUUGUGGGUGAAAACCACCCAUCUGCGAACCCCAGCUAUACGUACAAAUAUGCCUACCGUGGUCUUGUGCCCAUGGAUAAGGCAAUCGAAGCAAUUGGGGAAGAAUUGGCUUGUAAUUCUUGCAUGCACAUGGGUCCCGGUGGUCACAUGUUGACAUUUCCCGUAAACCAGGGCAAGACGCUUAACAUUGUUGCCUUCCACACGACUACAGACGAAUGGGCAGAUUAUCCCAGAUUGACCCGACAAGGAACGCAGGAGGAGGCUCUCCGCGAUUUUGCAGGAUUUGGACCUAACGUGACCAAUCUGUUGAAACUAACUGAUGAAAAUCUCAGUGUGUGGGCAAUCUUUGACCUGGGAGAAAAUCCACUCUCCACAUUCUAUAAAGGGCGCAUUUGUUUGUCCGGUGAUGCGGCACACGCCACAUCGCCGCACCACGGCGCGGGCGCCGGCUUCUGCCUUGAGGAUACAGCAGUCUUGGCUGCACUGCUGGAUGACGACCGGGUGAAUACACACGAGGACCUCGAGGCUGCCCUCGCUACUUUCGAUUUCUGUCGCCGAGAGCGAACGCAGUGGCUGGUGCAGAGCAGCAGGUUCGUCGGAGACUGCUAUGAAUGGCGGGCUCCAGGAGUGGAACGUGACUUCAAGAAGAUUGAGGAGGCGAUCAACUACCGGAAUGGCAUCAUUGCCAAUGUGGACAUUGAUAUUAUGUGUGAAAACGCCCGAAAGCAUCUGGAUCAGAGACUUCGUAGACCUGCGAGUUCCCUUUGA